AUGCUCCACCAUGCUAAGCUGGAAAAGUGCUUCUGCGCCAAAGCAAAAAUGACGGCAAUCUACACCAAGAAUCGUCUGCCGUCACCCAAAGAUGUACACAAGAAUCCGUUCGAGAUCGUCCACAACUCCGAGCUAAGUGUCAAGCACAUGCGGGUGCUCGGUUGUCAGGUUUACAUACUGACACCGAAAGAGAAGAGGCUCAAGUGGGACCCCAAAGCUCGCACUGGGAUAUUCUUGGGCUACGAAGAAGCAUCCAAAGCGUAUCGCGUUUGUGACAUCGAGGCGGGGCAGGUGGUCAUCAGUCGCAAUGUCAACUUUGACGAGUCCACCUUUGGACUUUUGCCGCCGAUCACUGUUGAAGAUACCGAUGACCUUGACUUCGCCUCCCUCGAGCUGGAUGAUGAAGCGCCGGGUCAAGAACAGUACAAGCAAACAGGCGAGCUCAAGAGUCGUCCCAAUGAUGAAGAAGUACCAGCUCCACCCACGUGCACAGUGCGUCAACGGCCUGGACUAGAAGAAUCGAGUGCGCCAAAUAACUACACGACCCACCAAGAAGAAGAUGAAGAAAUAAAGAAUGAUGAUGCAUCAACUCCGCCUGUGUUUUGGCGUGCGAGUGCGAACGCCAUCGAAACAGCAGUGGACUUAUGUGAGUCAUCGACUUUUGAAGCUGCGGUGAGCGGUCCUGAUCAAGUGCAUUUGCGCGAAUCCACCCAAGCGGAACUCGAGUCGAUGCGACUUCGUGAAGUGUUCCGCGCAGCCAAGCUACCUAAAGGACAUGGCGCCAUUGGCACGAAGUGUGUAUUCAAGAUCAAGCGCAAAGCGGACGGAUCAAUUGACAAGUACAAGGCGCGUCUUGUGGCAAAGGGUUUCAAGCAACAGUACGGGAUGGACUACACGGAAACAUUCUCGCCCGUCUUCAAGUACGUGACGCUGCGCAUGGUGAUUGCAGUCGCCAAGUAUUUCGGAUGGACCAUCGACCAACUCGACGUGGUGACGGCAUUCCUGUAUGGUGUCAUGAAGGAACAAGUGUUCUGCGUCAUCCCUGAAGGCGUGGAAUUGGAGGGCUCCUUCAAUUGUCUGAAGUUGGUGAAGGCAAUCUACGGACUCAAGCAAGCGUCGCGCGUAUGCAAUGAAAAUUUUACCGAGUUCGUGUGUGCUAUUGGAUUUCAAGCGUCAAGCCUCGACCCGUGUCUCUACAUAAGGAUCGUGGAAGGGCAAUGCGUGCUGCUGCUGGUGUAUGUGGAUGACGUGUUGAUAACCGGUAGAUCAUGCGAUCUAAUUGCACGCACCAAGACCGACCUGAAGACACGAUUCGAGAUGACUGACAGCGGCAAGUGUGCGUUUGUGCUUGGGAUCGAGCUUUUGGACGGCGCAGAUGGAAGUGUAACACUAUGCCAGCGUCGGUAUGUGGAUGACAUACUCAAGCGCUUUGGCAUGGACGAUUGCAAGGCCGUCGCAAGUCCAGUCGACAUGAGCUCUCGACUUGUUUCAAGUGAUGCAGCCACCAAGGUCGAUGCUCCUUUUCGCGAAGCUGUUGGUGCGUUGAUGCACUGA